UCACGAUUAUCUAAACAUUUAUUUCGAAGUAAAAUUAUUAAAAUGAACAGCGCCAGGGCUAUGAGCAAAGUAUGGGCACAGCAGUCGGCCUUCAAUCGAAUCGUCACAUUUUCCACGAAAGCCACGCAACAUGCCGCCGCCGCUGUCUCAUCGGCAGGCGCCGAACCGCCAGGAGAAGAGAAAACUAGCGCGACUCCUCCCGCUGCAGCUCAGCCACCUACACCCACACCCACGCCAGUGCGAAAACCCAUUGUACCCUCGAACUAUCGGUUCAUUUAUCCCGAAUUCCUGCCCGACCCCAAAGUAGAGUGGCGCAAUCCGAUCCGUGAGAAGCUGGAACGUUUAGAUAUGCUGGACCGGCGGCGUCAAAUCGAUCUGCCCGAGUUUUAUGUGGGCUCUAUAAUGGCGGUGACCAGCUCCGAUCCCCAUGCUGCGGGCAAGACAAGUCGCUUUGUCGGGAUUUGCAUAAAUCGUGACCGUUGUGGUCUCCGCGCUCGCUUCGUACUACGGAACGUGAUUGAUCACCAGGGCAUGGAGGUGGUCUACGAACUAUACGAUCCCACCAUUCAAAAGGUAGAAGUGCUACGUCUCGAAAAGCGGCUGGAUGACAACCUGUUUUACCUCCGUGACGCUCUGCCGGAGUUCAGCACGUUUGAUGAGAACAUGGAAGCCGAACAUCUAGAAGAGGGCGCUCCAGUGCCGGUAAAUGAUAUCAAAGUUGUACUCCGUCCGCGGCCCUGGUUGGAGCGUUGGGAGCGCCAAAAUCUACGCGGUGUGGCGAAUAUUGAUCAGUAUAUUAAGGACAAGCACCGCAAAUCGGCGGAGAAGGUGCAAAAGCCUUGGGAGAAGUACGAUCUGAUGAAGCAAUAUCGCUCCACCAUACCCGAGGAAGAGCAGAAGGAGGUCUUCGCCGAGGUCCACACGGAACUGCACAGCCUGGAGCUGCAGCGCAAACGCAAUAAGCGGAAACGCACCUUUGUGAAGCCCAAACAGCUUGCUUAAAGAAUGCAUUUGUUAUCCAUUCGUAGAUUAAUAAAGCCAAAACAUGUUGUAUGAUUAAAGAACUUUUGAGAACUUGUA